AUGACAUUUAAAAUAUUUCCGUUUCAUUGUAAAAAGAUAAAUGUUAGCUGUAGCACCGUGAUUUUGGCCAAAAAACAUAAUGUAGGUGGAAAUAUUUGGAUAGCACGCUGGAACAAAAUUUUGCAUCAUAUCGAGGUUAGCUAUCACUUGAACCACUUAAAAUGUUUUAGUGAUCAGAAUUGUCAUCAGAAGUUCUCCAUUUACACUUCUGAAUCUUGUUUCUCAAAAAAUUGUUAUAUCCGAAAUUCACAUCUACCGUGCGAUGGAAAAGAACAUUUUGGUGGUUGGAUGUGGGGGUAUUGGUUGUGA